GGGGCUUCGCGUGCGCAGGCAUUCUGACUCCUGAAUUCCACACGAGGCGGCAUGAAGUGCUUAGCGUCCGAGUCUCCCGAUGCCUCGGCCGCUACGGCGACCACCACCGAGGUGCAAGCGGAACCGACCGCUCUUGAACAGCUGGACAGAGAGCAGAUAAGAAAGGCAGUAGAAGUUCUGUUUGAUAACUCCAAGUCCAGAAAAAAUAAUGAAUUGCUGUUGAAUGGGAGUGAAAAUCUGUUUUUAAUGGUGAUACUAUGGAAAAUUCCAAAGAAAGAACUUAGGAUCAGAGUGUCUUUGCCUCAUAGCAUCCUCUCAGAAUCCUCAGAAGUCUGUCUGUUUACCAAAGAUGAAUGUGAUUCACCUGAACAGACAGAGGGUUUCUAUAAAAAGCUUUUGAAAAAGCAUGGAGUAAACACUAUCUCUCAGAUUAUCCCCUUUAAGACGUUAAAAACAGAAUAUAAAGCCUAUGAAGCCAAGCUCCGCCUCCUGGGUAGCUUUGAUGUCUUUAUUGCUGAUGAACGAAUCCGACGGCAUUUGCCCACACACAUAGGAAGGCAUUUCUAUCAGAGGAAGAAAGUUCCAGUAUCUGUAAACCUUCUGGCAAAGAAUCUGUCCAAAGAGAUUAACCGAACUAUCACAGGGACCGUCUUAAACAUCUCUAAGCGUGGUUCUUGCAGUACUAUCCGUAUUGGUCACACUGGAAUGGAGAUUCAGCACAUCAUUGAAAACAUCCUGACUGUCUCAGAAAUGCUUUCAGAAAAAUUGCCAGAGAAAUGGCAGAGUGUGAAACUCCUAUUCCUGAAAACUGAGAAGUCGGUUUCCCUUCCUAUCUUUUCCUCGUUUGUCACAUCUCAGGACGAAAACAGCGCUUCCUUCCGUGGUCUGAAGAAACAGGAACCAAAGAAAAGAAGGAAGCAUGAAAAACAAAAGUUGAAGAAGGAAAGCAAAAUGUUAAAGAAGAAAUCCAAGAAGGCUACAUCUCUUUUAACUCAAGGUGGCUUAGUUAGCAGUGCUCCAGCAAAGGGCCCGGGAGCCCAGAAGAAAAGGACCAGCAAGGCCAGCACACAGCCGAAAGUUACAGAGGAGUAUGAAGAAACAAUUCCCCAACUGGUACCAAUAGGAGAAACUCCGGAUAAAGAAAAUAUGAAGAUGCAAGAAAAUAUCACAGGGAAGAAGUCUCCAAAAUCGAAGUCUGAUCCAAGAACCCCUCAGGGUAAAAAAAGGAAGGCCUUACCGGCUACAGAGACUCCAGAAGCCUCAGAUCCUGGGAUCUCAGGGAAGAAACAAAAAAAGGAUGUGCGGGAAUUCAGAAAGCCAGGGGCCAAGUCCUUCUCUACUCCCAUGAAAUCUGGAAAGAAAGCUUCCAACACUCCCAGAGACAAAAAAACCCAGGCUGCCCACUCAAACUAGAAUUAGUGCAUUUGGCAUAAAAGACAUCAGAGUUAACAAGAGCUUUUCAAGAAUAUUUAGACAGGGCGUGCUGGCGUUUGUGUGUGUGCCCACGCACGCACGCACGCACGCACGCACGGUGGAAUGCAGAGAUAGGCAGAUGUGUAUGAGUUUGAGGACAACCUAGUUGUCUACAAAGGGGUCACCAAGAUUCAUUCUUUAAAGGGCAGAUUUAAGUCCUGGGCUUGGUGGUAUAACACUUUUGACAGCAAAUGCAAGAUCCUGGCCUUACUACCUAGAGCUGUCAAAGGAAAAAAGAUAAACCCCACACAAGAAAAGGUACUCUGCUGUUUAUUCCAUCACAGCGUUUUUCAACAAGGAGUCCAGGACUUAAAUGGUUUUUGAGAAGUUUCUGUGGGUGCCUCUGAAAUAAAUAUUUUUGUUGUAAAAACCAGGGGUUUCAGGCACAAUCUUUUUAAAUUGUUCAGUGUAUUUCCUGAUGCUUCUGUACAUUUGCUUUUUUUGAAAUUAAACUUACAUCCCUUCUGGGUAGACGCAC